AUGUCGCCCGACGCUUCUUACACAAACAAUGCCGUGGCUACUGUCAGCCGCUCUGGCAAUGGGGAUGCCCUCUGGCACGAUGCCGCGGCCGCGUUCAACCUUGCUCUUCGCUGGAAGAUAUCUGGAGACAAGUUGUUUGCCACAACUGCCGCGGACAUCCUGAACGCCUGGGCGGAUAAGCUGCAAGCCCUCAGCGGCGGUGGAGACGACGACUAUCUCACAGCUGGGCUGCAAGGUUACGAACUGGAUUUCCUUAACCACGUACUGGGGUCGGAGCACAACGUCAAGCACUUUUUCGCCAACUGGAAGCUCUGCAAUAUUGCUUCUGCCAUGGCGAUUGGCGUUCUAGCCGACAACCAGACCGUUUGGGACUUCGCGGUGGACUACUUCAAGAACGGAGUUUGCAACGGAGGGACCAACAACGCCAUCACGAACAUUGUGGAGGAGCAGGCACUAAUAGGCCCCUGGGCCAGGGCCAGGAGUCCAGACAACCAAGGCGAGGAUCUCUUCGCCUACAACGACAGUCGGAUUCUCCUAGGUCUCGGGCUGAAGAAAUUCAUGACCGCCACCGAGGCCCAUUACAACACGAUCAAGAGCUAA